AUGUCUGACUCGCCCACUCCACGAAACUUUAGUCUAAGAAACGUGAACUCAAGCAGACCUCAAGUCUAUCGCACAGAAUCAGCACAGUCUGUUGCGGCUUCGGACGACUACUAUUCGUUCUCAGAUCGACAGACUUCAAGCCCGGACAGCCAAGUGACGGCUAUGCGAUUCAUCACCCCGGAGUCCCAUGCAUCAUCGCAGGCGUCUUCACCAACAGUACCAGGACAACCACAACCGGAAGUUGCUCAGCCGAGUCGUCAAGAGCAAGCUCCUGCCGCGGCCGGGGGCCUAACAUAUCCCCGGUCAGCUACUGCAAGCACAGUACGCUUUGGAGAAGAUCAAGUCGCCCGCAUCAGUCCCAAAUCUGAUCGCACAGUGCGACGGGUGCCCAGUGACUAUGCGGGGCCUGCACCGACUCCCGGUUUGGAUGAUACGCCAUAUGUUCAGUUCGCCAUCAACCAGCUGACCCACGAUGAGAGUGGCCGACGAAGAGAGGGAUCGAUCUCCACUAGAGAUGACUAUCCCGCGGAUCGGCUAGUCUAUGAUGAAGGACUAGGCUAUUUUACCCGGACCAGGACCCCGUUGCACAUGGAACUCCCCCAACGGCCUAAUUACAAGUCGCCCUCGCCGCAGGCUCUGCCGCAAAGACCGAACUCCGUCGACCCUGAGUCGUUUGUUGCAGUUGAUCCUCCAGAAGAGAGCUUAUUGUACCCUAAGCUGGACUAUCUACCGUUGGUGCUCAGACCAUGGGCUUUGAUGCUCGCUGUGUUAUGCUGUCUUCUAAUGAUUGCGGGGGUCGCGUUUUGCAAUGCUUGGUCUCAGCGACACCAGGGCAUUUGGGGAUACGACGGAAAGGGAGGAGGUCGCUAUUUUGUGAUGCAAUUCCUCCCUCAGAUACUGGCAGUUCCCAUCGUGAUUUGGACUUUUGUUAUCCAAGCCGCAGUAUAUCGGAUUGCACCAUUUGCUAUUAUGGCGUCGGAGUUGCCUCUGGGAAAAGUCUUGCAGGAGUUGCCCAUUCUCUCCCGCAACUUCAUUCUCCCGACACGGCUCAUUUUCGACAUGGAGAAUUUCUCUUCGGCAACGUGGAAGUGGACUUCCGUCCAAUCUGUGGGGUGGACUUUGAUUGCCUCCUAUGGUCUUCUGACGGUCGGGCUGCUCGCGCUCGUCCUUCGAUUCAUGCGUGGAUGGACUGGCCUGAUGUGGGAUCCAGUCUCCUUAGCAGAUCUGAUCUCCAUUAUCCAGCGUUCGAACAUUCUCCAUGACUAUGAGCAUUCUGAGACCGUUCCAUCAGUCAAAGAGUCUCUUGACUCUCGUGUACUCAGACUGGGAUACUGGAAACUAUCCAUGAAGCAAGAGGUUUUCUAUGGCAUUGGAGAAGUCGACGCACCGGUCCACACUCCAUCGCUCCAUCAGAUCGACAAGGGCCAAGCCAGACAGGCUCAUGGCUUGUCACAGGUGCGCUACGAUAUCGAGCAUGGGAACGACCCGUAUGAUCAACAAUUGUACUCUCCAUUCACGCGGUAUAGAUGGACCCCUUGGUUCCUGCGAAAACAAUUCGUCAUUGCGUGGUUAAUAAUAGUCUUCGGCCUGUUCAUCGCUUUUGUCACCGUCAGCUACGUCGACGAUGCCAUCGAAAAGGGCUUUCUUCCCAGACUCCCGACCCUCCCGUCAGUCGACGCAUUUUCCGCCUCCAACUUCCUCUACAGCUUUAUUCCAGCGUUAAUUGGCAAUUUCCUUUUCCUCGCUUGGCAACCAAUCGACGUCUACCACCGUGCACUCCAGCCAUUUUUCGAACUCGCCGCUCCCGAGGGCGCAGCUGCGGAGAAGAGCAUCCUGCUAGCCUAUCCAGCUGGCCUGCCACUUCAAACAACCAUUCAGGCCAUAAUGAACGGACACUGGAAAGUCGCCUGGUUAUCGCUUAUGAGCCUUGUCUCGAUCGCCAUCCCCAUCCUAGCGGGUGGCGUAUUCAUGGCCCUGUAUUUCCCAUCCGACGACAAGAUCCGAAUUUCCGCCGUGAUGCCAGCAUACGAAGCCCUGGUCGCCUUCUGCGCCCUCUACGCCCUAUCAUUUCUGGCCAUAUGGCCGGGACGCCGGCGCCAUCUUCCACACGACAUUACCACCCUGGCAGACCUGAUGAGCUUUCUGUAUCAGUCCCCGCUUCUCGCUGAUAAGCUUCUUCGUGAGCCGCGCAGCAAGACGGAUCUGGUGACUCGCCUGAUUGUUGCGCCUCCAACGGAGCGAAUGUAUCCUAUGUAUGGCUUUGGUAUCUAUGUCGGUCGUGACGGGAAGGAGCAUCUCGGUAUCGACCGGUUCGAACGCCCGGGGCGAACCGACAUGUUGAUCACUACGGGGUCUAUGAAAUGA